GCGGAAUGAACGUGUGACGGCUUAUACGUAUAGCGAAGCUGCUUCUUCGUCGUCGGUUGAUCGCGUAGACGAUGAAGAGGGUUAAGCGUGGUACGAACGAGAGGAAUAACGUAGAGGGUAAAGGUGUAUAAGUAAUGGAGUAUCGCGUGGCGGCUCCAAAUGAACGUAAGUUCCGAUCUCGAUUCUCCUUCCACCAUCUUCGUCGCUCUUCCCAACGUCGAGAUAUAAUAACGACCCGAAGGAGGAUAACAACGUAAAGGUGAGUCGAGCCAAAGGUGCAAGGGUAUAUGUGGAGGCUAUCUAAUAAUAAACCCAGCGCUGCCUCGGCUCGCCGAGGAGUUUUAGCCGAGUAACCAUCGAAUCGCCGACUGUAUAUAAGCCGGAGUGAACAACACAACAGACGGAAUUACAUCGACGGUAUAAGGAAUAAGGUAUAUAUCCCGACAAACGGACGUUACGGACAAUGCCCAUCAGCGAGCCAUUAUGUAUGGAAUAAGGCAAGCGCGAGGCGUGCGGCGCACGACGUGAACCGUCAAAUUAGUGGAUUGAUCGAUACUGUGCAGGCGGCGUGUCUGCUGGUAGCUCUGAGAGGGAAAAGGAGAAAAAAAAAAAAAAAAAAAAACACACACAAAAUAAAAUGGAGAACCGACGACGCCCACCCCAACGCCUACGGGCGGAAACCCCCGGAGCCGCACCCUUGCGCCAGGUGCGUAUCUAGGUCGAAGGAACUCUGCGGUCAGCUCUCCCGAGACCUUCGAGAGCUCGUCGGCGGCGUUGAAAAGAACGAGGGCCUCGGAUUUCAUCUCGAGAUGAAAACCGAAGAUCCCGAAUGAGUCGAAACCCCAAAAUAGAAUGUCGAGUAAUAUUCAUUUCCGAUCGCCCUCCAGAGCUUCGAAAUCAGGAAGUGAAUAAAAUGUUCGGUCGGAAUGGACGGGCCUGAAGAGGUCGGUGGUCGGACGUUGAACGGCCUCGCUCUUCCGGUCCGUAAGGCCUUGUACCUUCGAAAUUUUCAAACGGUGAAUUAUUUUUCUCAAAUUUUGGUAUCGGUCGCCUCGAAAUUCCGCACCUGAUUUCGAUGGGCGUAGCUUGAGCGUGUCUUCGGCAAGUGGUUCAUAUCCUUGCGGGUUAUGAAGCGAGUAACCGAAGCCGCCUACCAGAGUCAAUGGGCGUACCCGAAGCGCCGAAGCACCUAGACAGCCGCAGUUGCGAGCCGGCUUCAACUUCGCCCGCGUGUCAACGGCUCCCAAGUGAGCAUUGUUCGAGUGUACCACCGAGUGGACCCGAAGAAAUCUACGAUAAAUAGAAAUGUCGAACGAAAGUUUUCAGUGACAUCGACAACCUGGACUGACUGUUAAUCGAUCGAUAAUCAAUAACCUGCUAAUUAUAAAUCAUAUUGUAAUACGUAUGUGCGAAUAAUAAACUUGCGGUGAUUCAGAAGUUGUUUAUCUUCUUACUUUGUGUGCGAUCAGUUUGAACGUAUAUCGCUAUCGGUCCGUUUCAGAUCGACGAUCGUGGAAAGAGCGAUGGGCGUAUAAAUUAUUUACCGAAGAAAAUUUUCGGUCGCCCAUAAGUUUCAACCCGAGGAUAAUUCUAAACACCUAGAUGUGAACACGCGUUGCAUGUCUGCGGGUAAUUGACCUGCAGCAGCUCUCGCAGGAGCCCCAAGAUAAAAGAAAAUCGUUAACUUCACAUUAUACUCGUGUGUUGUUGUAAUAUACCUGUUAUCAAGUUCCUAUAAUUUAAUAUUCAUGACGUUAUAGAGGUGCGACGGCCGUAAUAUCCAUUACAUAAAAAAAACAAAAAAAAAACAUGCAGGACAUGAUCGCGACUCUUAUUGACGUGUUGAAAAAUGAAAGAAUCCUCGAAACCUAGCUAAGCGCAAACUUCAACGGGGAUCGGGAAUCGAUUCCAUCCUUCGCGUAUACCAUUUCUUUGACUUGACGAUUAUCGGAUCAGUUACGUUAACCAUAACUCGAUUACUUCGCCAAGGAUUAGGUCGUCCUGCAGACCUCGGCGUGCAGGAACCCCGUGAAUAACUAGAAAAAAAAAGAAAAAACCGGAUGGAAAGAAAAGAUAUAUGAUCGGUUCAACUUAGAUGAUGAAAUUCGUUGGAGAGCGACCGGAGAAGAAGAGCUGCGAAUCGAAUGCCGACUGAUGGACGAGGAAAAUUCGAGCAUUUGAUAAUACUAGAAUAAGAGGACAGUGGCCGGCGUAGAAACGAUCUUCUUUGUAAGAUGCCAAGACCGUCGCGAGAGUCGUACGGCGAACAGAAGCCCCCAUAUUCGUACAUAUCGCUUACGGCAAUGGCGAUCUGGUCGUCCAGAGAGAAGAUGUUACCGCUAGCCGAGAUCUACAGAUUUAUCGCCGACAGAUUUCCGUAUUACAGAAGGGACACGAGGCGAUGGCAGAACUCCCUCAGGCACAACUUGUCGUUCAACGAUUGCUUCAUCAAGGUUCCCAGGGGUCCUCACACUCCUGGAAAGGGAGCUUACUGGGCGCUCCACCCGGCAGCAUUGUCGAUGUUCGAGAACGGCUCGUUUCUUCGUCGUCGGAAGCGUUUCAAACUACCGAAGUCAGCGAAGGCCGAAAGUCAGGCUCUCGCCGAGACCGCGGCCCGUUUAGCCGCCACGAAUAACCCGGAGUUGGAGGGCGGAAAUUUUGCGGGAACCCCUCAGGUUAACGAAGGGAAUUCGGGGGGGUCGUCCUUCGGCCAGUACGCACAUCAGGGUAUCGGACUCACCCAGCGACAGAUCGAUUUCCUUCAUGCCACAUCCAGUCUCGCUGGACUCCACAGCAUCUAUCCCGUGGGAAGAACCGGCGCCGAGCAUCGGAGUUUCCAGAAUACGAUGAACAACGAAUACCUAGCGCCAGCGGUGACGAGGAACGAAUUUCUGGCGGGCGGUUAUCAAGCGAAGGACUUCAACGGUUGUCCCGGUCAGACGACCGUCGCCACGAUCCUUCCCGCCGACCCGGAAGCCAGAAUACUUCCCAAGAGACCGAAACCACUGAAUCCCGCUCACAAGUCGUUCAGCAUCGAGAGCAUCAUAGAGACGACGUCUUCGACGGAUUCGAACGGGAGCAGGUCUUCGGCACGAACGUCGGCUUUGUCCGCCCUGAACCCCCUGCUCUCAGCAUCUAGUCCCGUGGGAUUUUUCUCGCCUUGGUGUACCCCCAGUUUUUACGCUCAGGGAAUGCCAUCUUCAUCUCCACCCUCGGGUGUCUAUCCCCUGCAUCUUCACCAGGCGGCGGCGGUUUACGCCACCGCGCUGGCCACGGCGAAUCUCUUCGGUUCCCAUCCCGUUCUCCAGAAUACCGUGGACAAAAAUUCCCCCGCGUCGCCCGGAUCGUCGUCAACCGCGGCGGCCGCGGCAGCGGCCUCAUCCACUACCGCGUCGCUUUACGGUCAGCUCUACGCGGCGGCUUCCGGUUUCCCCGGAGUAUUUCAGGGACUCGGUUCGAGUCCCAGAGGCGCGCUUUUCCUCCAGGACGCGCUACCUGCGAGGGGCGGAGUACUUCCGGUUCCUCAGCAGCCUCUGCAGAUCAGUUUGCCGCCUACCCCGACAACGUCUCCCACUGUCCUUCAAGCGCUCUCUCAACCGACUACAUCGAAUCCUCAAGGAUCGGGUAGGAUCAGUCCGAUAGGAACGAGUUUCAGUCCCGAUACUCCCGGUCCGUCAGCCGGCUGUAGGGAAAUAACACCGACGUUGAAGUUGUAGAGUCGAUUGGAAAAGAUUUGGUUAUGAAAAUUGGUGAAAGCUUCGUUGAAUUCUGAGGGAACGUUUCCGAUUUCAACGACUUGUUACACGUCAUUUCGCAGAUUAUUAACUUACAUCGCUAUAUCUUGACGAAUGAUACGUAUAAUUGUUAAAAGAAAAAAAAAAAAAACGCUUAAAGUUGUCCCUGUACAGUGAGUUGAACGAGAGAACGAAAAAUGGAUGAAAGAAUUGAGAAAAAUAAAAAAAUAAAUCACUACUCAUGUAUACUUGUACAAAUGAACAUCAUGACGAAACUAAUUGUAAGAUAUAUAAUUGAAUCGAUAAACUGAAUAAUUAAGGCCAAAUUAUUUUUUCUGUAAAUAUUAUUAUAUAAAUAAUUUCAUUAAAAGUUAUAACAUCAGUAAAAUACCUUUUGAUGUCU